AUGGUGAAGAUUGAGGCAAUGGAACGCCUAAACCAAAGAAAGAAAAUAAAGCAAUUAAGGCAUUUGAUACUAAUGGAUAUAGCCCUAGCCUUCAGAAAAGGAAAUCCAAUAGUGCGUCCGUGUCCAAUUCGAAGUAAGACCCCAUUCCCAUUCCAGUUACUUCAUAAUGUGCCAUACCUGAUUAUGGCCACGAUUCCAAUUUUACAUAAAACCAAACCAAGGUCUGGCGAAUCCUCUUCCCAACUGGCCUGGAAUGAGAUCCAGAAAAGGACCUGGCAAGAGAUACGUCUGUCUUGUUGUGAUGCGAGGAAUAGGCGAAUCUGUCGUGAUAGAAAACAACCCUUUGUUGCUAUGCUAAUGGAUCUGCUCAGGGAACUGGCCAGGGUUCAGUUGAAGACAGGAAUGGAAAUGUUUCCCAACUAG